CCCACUGGAAAGCACUUGUAGACCGAAGUAAAGUUUGUGGCAAACAUUAACAUUUGAAGAACCAUUGUAGAUUUGUUUUUACAUUCGUAAGAUUUGUACAUCGUCCAUUCUAUCAGUGCCCCUGUAGACUGCAGAUUGGCGGCAUCUUACGAGAAAGAGGCUGAGAAACAAGAGUAGACAAGAUGGCGAACCCUGAAAUGAGUAACGUUCCUCGGAGUAUGGCUGCCAACAUCAGGAAUACCUUCCUAUACGAGGGAAUUCACCUAACAUCCUUUGUGACAGCAGAUGACAUCGCAAACAUUCGGAACAUGGAAGUUCGAGAAGAUGACGUCAUCUUGACUACCUACCCGAAAUGCGGUACACACUGGAUGUUGGAGAUAUUGACCCUUGUCAAAAGUUCGGGCGUCCAAGUUUCUAGCCAUGAACGCUUCGAAAAAUCCGCUCAUUUACUGGAGAUUCCAGCUUGGCCUAAACAGUGCAAAUCAUACGAGGUUGUCGCUGAAAUGUCUUCUCCAAGGAUGUACAUCACACAUCUGCCUAUUCAGUUCUUACCAAAACAGAUAUGGGAGAAGAAACCGAAGAUUGUGUAUGUAGCCCGCAACGCAAGAGACUGUCUGGUUUCAUUUUAUAAUUUCUUCAAGUCCGACCCACAGCCGUUAGACUGGAAUGAGGCCUUCGACUUCUUCAUUUCAGAUGAGGCGCCAUACGGCACGGUAUGGGAUCAUCAGUAUGGCUUUUGGAAACAUCGCAAUGAUGACAACUUCCUAUACGUUGAUUUUGAGGAUAUGAAAAAGGACCCAGCCGGGAACGCAGCUAAAGUAGCCGCACACCUUGGUAAUGACCUCUCAGCUGAACAACUUGCUGAAGUCACUCGACUUUCAUCGAUCAAAGAAAUGAAAGCCACCUAUGCCAGAAUUGAAGAGGAUCUGGGUCCCAAAGGAAAGCUACUCACCCAUGGUGGUGGCAUAUUACCAUUUCUUCACAAAGGUACUGUCGGUGGAUGGAAAAACAUCUUCACCGUGGCUCAGAAUGAAAUAUUUCAGAAACGUCAAGAGAUGAAGAUAAAAGACUUUGAUGAGGAGUUCAAGAAAAAGUUCAACCUCUGAAUAUGCAAUGGGGAGAAAGGAAAACCAUGGGAUUCACAGUCAUGAUAAAAAACCGUCAUUAUGCUUUCAUAUAUCUUGGAAAAGGUUGGUCUACAGACUGAGGGAUAAAGUGUAAUGAUUUUAUGAUUGUUGGAGGAUAUUAAUUUUCUGUCCCAUUUAUGAAAA